AUGGCCUCACGUCCACAACCGUUACAGCCGUUGACCCACCAUGACGUCAACGGCCGCGGCAUCAACACCCCGAUGAAGCAGCUGCCGGCGCCCGCGGCGCUGAAGCUCGAGCCCACCACCGCCUCCAAGCCCCGCAAGAAGAAGGAGAAGCUUCUGGCGUUGUGCAAGACGCCGCCGCUGAUCGUGCGCACCCGCAACGGCCGUGACUACCGCCGGGGCAACUUCUUGGGCGAGGGCGGCUUUGCCCGCUGCUUCCAGAUGAAGGACGCCCUGGGCCAGAUCUACGCCGCCAAGACCGUCGCCAAGGUGCUGAUCAAGAACGAAAAGACCAAAACGAAAUUGUUGCUGGAGAUCAAGAUCCAUAAGCUGCUCAAACACCCCAACAUCGUCAACUUUGUCGACUGCUUCGAGGACGACGUCAACGUGUACAUUUUGCUCGAGAUCUGCCCCAACCAGCUGUUGAUGGAGCUCCUCAAGACGCGGAAACGGGUGCUGGAGCCCGAGGUCCGGUUCUUCAUGGUCCAGAUCGUCGGCGCCAUCAAGUACUUGCACCUGAGGCGGGUGAUCCACCGUGACCUCAAAUUGGGCAACAUCUUUUUCGACCCCCACAUGAACUUGAAGAUCGGCGACUUUGGCCUCGCCCUGGUGUUGCCGCUGGCGGACCUGCGCAAGUACACCAUCUGCGGCACCCCGAACUACAUCGCCCCCGAGGUGUUGGGGGGCAAGACGACGGGGCACUCGUUCGAGGUCGACAUCUGGGCCAUCGGCAUCAUGAUGUACGCCCUUCUCAUCGGCAAGCCGCCGUUCCAGGCCAAAGACGUCAACGUCAUCUACGAGCGCAUCAAGCGCACCGAGUACCUGUUCCCCCCCGACAAGCCCAUCAGCGACGAGGCACGGGUGCUCAUCACCGACUUGCUCUCGCUCAACCCGUUGGCGCGGCCCCUGAUCAACGACAUCUUGGCCUACGACUGGUUUAAAGGACUGUUUCCGGACAAGACCCACGAGAUGUCGUUGGUGGACACCCCGCCCCACCUCGACAACAUUCUGCGGGCGCAGCUGGCGCAGAACUUCUCCACCACCAAACAUAAUGCUGGCAUUUACACCCCGCGCCUGCGGGACCCGGUGGAGAUCUUGCGCACCGACUUACAGCUGGAGCAGCCGCGGGCGUUGUUGCCGACGCUGUUGCUGCCCAACGAUACCCGGGCCAAGUACCAGGAGGUCGACCCCGCCCUGCUCGGGCGCCCGCGCAAGGUGAACUUCAACACCGACUUCAGCGCCACCAUCAAGCGGCUAGACAGUAACUGCAUCAAAACUUACCAAAACAUGCGCCGCCUCGGCGUCAACCCGCGCGCCGAGCUCGAAGGGGAGUUGCCCCAGUGCGACAACCCCACCCUCAUCCUGAAGUGGGUCGACUACAGCAACAAGUACGGCUUCCUGUACCAGCUCACCAACGACGACAUCGGCGUGUUGUUCAACGACGGCAACACCUACCUCAAGCUGCACAACCUGGACCGGUUCUUGGAGUUGAUCCACCACGAACACGAAGGGUGGACGCUGGUGGAGAACUCGUUGCUGCACCCGCCGGCCCAGGCGAAGCGCCAGCUCGAGAUCGUCGAGUUCUUCGCCAAGUACAUGAACCUGAACUUAAGCAAGGUUAGCGACAACGAGGAGCGCACCGAGACGGUGUUCUUGCGUCGCUACACCCGCACCACCGAGUACAUCAUGUUCGAGAUGACCAACGGCAACUACCAAUUCAACUUCAAGGACCAUCACAAAAUGUGCAUCAGCAAGUCGGGCCUCGCCGUCACCCACAUCUCGCCCCAGCGGGUCACCCAGACCCACCCGUUGGCUGUGGUGCUUGCCCACGAAAACUUCCCCCGCGGCGACGUCCCCGAUUGCAUGGCCAAGAUCAAGGUGAUUCGCGACGCCAUCAAGAGCAAGGCGUUCGAGUUCCAGCAGGGGGCCUAA